CGGUGACCCGAGGUCCAGGGGGAUGGCGAGCUCCUUCCCCGCGAAGGAGAAGAAGCCCUGGACGUUAGCUGGAUAGCUAAAGGUUUCCCACGUCGUAAAAACGACGAGCUAAAGCCUUCAGCGCAACAGCUAGGCCUGCAGAGGGUGUCCUUGUGUGACUCCAGUCCUUCCUCUUGGUUCUUCCUGUCAGGGAAGCAAAAAAAAAAAAAAAAAAAAAAGAAAGAAGAAGAAUGCGAACCGAGCUCUGAGAGACGGUGACAGAGAAGAAGCCAGAGUCUCUGCAAUCAGCAGAAAAACAUCUGCACCAAAAAAAUAAGCACAAGUUCAUAUCUAAUUUGACGCGAGAGAGGGUUUUUUUUUUUGUGUUUUUUGGCGGGAGCUUGAGACGGAGGACACGUGACGCCAUCCGGCGAAGCGCUGCGGCGGCUCGUGUCGCCGAGGACGAGGGAGGCUGAGGUGAGAGACCGCGGAGGAGGACCACAGGCAGCAGGUUGCCGAGCCACUGAACCCUUCCUUCCUCGACAGAGUGUCUGUGCUGCGCGCUGUGUGGUUUGUCCUGUUUUUCUUUCCCUUUUCGAUGGCGUCGACCGAGCACCGCUGCGACCGAGCAGCUCCACGAUCGCCGGGGAGACGCGCUGCCUGAACGGUGUUGGUAACCAUGGAUCCCCUUCCUCGCUCUUGUGUUUCAAGAUCGAGAUCAGCGAGUCAAACGAGGAGAAGGAUGAGGUGAACUACAAGCUGACUUGACCUCUCCCCGACUCCUCAGCGAUUUGAACCUGAAGACCUGCAGGGGAAGAACAAGCAACUGAUAAUAAUAAUACUAAUAAUAAUAAUAGUAAUCGCCCGAUGCAACACUUUCAGGAGCCUGCCGGGGCGAUAAGAUACCCGGGCGCUGCCCCAGAGCCGUCAACCGACCCAGAGGCAACAGUUGCUUAGCGGCAGCUCAAAACCUGAAAGUGAAAUUAGUUGGAGGAGCAUGGGCCGUGGAGUUGAGAGCAGCGCGUCGUCCUCGGGAUGUCCGGCCACCGGGAGCAAAUGAGCGUCGGCGGAUUCGACAGCAGCCCCAGCUUGCUCCAGGGCCGGCGCUUCUACUGCCGGGAAUGGGCCCUGGAGAAGCUGCGGCGCUGCCUGGACGCGCGCUCCGUGCCGGCACAACCGCCGGGGCUGCUGGUGAUGGGGGGCCCCGGCGCCGGAAAGACGGCCCUCUGCACCGAGGCGGUGUGGCCCGCCUCCAAGGCAGGGCUGGCGGCGGGCCUGGCACCGCGCUGCCUGGCGUCGCACUUCUGCCAGAGGGAGGACCAGAGGAGCACGGUGCUGUGGAGGUUCGUCCUGGGCCUGGUGGAGCAGCUGAGGGCCUCGCCCCUCCUCCCGCCUGGGUACGGCGAGAUCCUCGGCAGCCCGUCCGUGUCCUCCGCCCUGGAGCCCGUCGCCUGUCAGGGAGACCCUGACAACGCUUUCAAAAGAGCAGUGUUGAGACCCCUGUUAGACCUUCCCCCGCCUGCCCGGACUCUGAUGGUGGUGGUGGACUCCCUGGAUGUAGGCUAUGGGCCGGCGGGUACAGGAAGUGUGAAGAGUGGCUCCAUCGCAGAGCUCCUGGCCGCCAAUCAACACCUGCUGCCCGGCUGGCUGCUGCUGGUCUGCUCUGUCCGCCGCCACAACAAGGCCGUGUGCAAGAUGUUCUCAGGUUUCCGUAAGCUCUGUCUGGAUGAUCUGCGGAAGCCGCCGCCCGUCCACGACGUGCAGCAGUACAUCCUCUGCCGGCUGGACGAAGAGGCAGCACUCCGCCGCCAGCUCACCCCCGACACGGCCGACAUGCUGAAUUUGCUGCACAUCAAGAGCGGCGGUUGCUUCCUCUUCCUCGAGCGUGUGCUGGACGGUGUGUCGGCCUCGUUGGUGGGCCUGCGGGAGAUCCGGGACAUCCCCGGGACUCUCAACGGCCUCUACCUGUGGCUGUGCCAAAGACUCUUCCCCCGGGGGCUCUUCGUGUACGUCAGGCCUCUCCUCAAUGUGCUGUUGGCUGCCCCAAGGCCCCUCACGCCCCAGCAGCUGUUCACGGCAGUUUGGACUCACGACACCUCACUCAGCCCCCAGGACUUCCAGAACAAGCUGCGAACCCUCUCUCCUCUCCUGAUCGAUGGCCCCGGGGGCACCAAACUGCUUUUUCAUGCCAGCUUUGCCGAGUGGCUGACGGACGUGAAGUAUUGCACGCAGAAGUACCUGUGUAGCAGGACAGUGGGUCACAGCAUGCUCGCUAUGGCUCUGACGCUGCAGGGACAACACUUGGACAUCGAGGACACUUGCCAGCUCGCCACACAUUUAGUUUGCUCUGGUCACCAUAAAGACAACCCUUCAUUAUUGGCACUAUGGAUGCUAUGGGCAGGUUUGCCUGCUCUGACUCCGAGCCGCAGCCAUGCCCUCACCGCAUCCUUAAGUCAGCCCCCUGUUCUGGUCAGUCAGGAAGUCCUUCAGUUGUUGAUGAGGACUGGGCUCAUCUCCGAAGCCUGUUGUACAGAUGCAGACCCAAGUGUUGGAGUACAUUGUGUAGCUGUGGAGGGAACUUCUUUACAACAGGCACAUGAAAGGGAGGUGUCUGUAAAGAAGCUGUUGGACAGAGGGGUGUCUAUGAACCAGCUACAUUCUAAAGAUGGACAGACCUUGCUGGCCGGUGCAGCCCAUGAGGGUUCCGCGGAUGUCGUGGAACUUCUCCUGGCACGUGGAUCUGACCCGCUGAUCAGUGACCAUCAGGGUCAGACACCACUGAGUCUGGCUUCCAGGCAGGGUCACGUCAAAGUGUUGUCUGUGCUCCUGGAAUGGGCCAAGAACCAGGAGCCGGUAACUGCGGCACGGAUGAUGGAGCAUGUCGACAGCGAAGGCUGGACAGCGCUGCGCUCUGCAGCCUGGGGAGGCCACGGCGAGGCCGUCCGACUUCUUCUGGAUGCAGGAGCCGAUGUGGACGGGUGCGACAACGAGGGGCGGACUGCACUCAGAGCUGCUGCAUGGGGCGGCCAUGAGGAAAUCGUUCUGACCCUUUUGGACUAUGGGGCACAGGUUGAUAAAGCUGACAGCAAUGGCCGAACGCCGCUUAUUGCUGCUGCCUACAUGGGACACCAUGAAGCUGUGGAGAUAUUGCUAGACCACAAUGCAGACGUUGACUUGGCUGAUGGUGAUGGACGAACUGCCCUGUCAGUCGCUGCCCUCUGUGUCCCUACAGCAGCAGGGAUAAAAGGUUAUGGUGAGGUGGCAAGUCUGUUACUCGAGCGUGGAGCUGAUCCUGGACACAGAGACCAUGACGGCAUGACACCGCUGCUUCUCGCGGCCUAUGAGGGCCACGACGAGGUAGUUGAACUUCUGUUAGAAGCCGGUGCUGAUGUAGAUGAGACCGCUGGCCCAGAUGGCAAUGUCUCGGCUGCAGCCGCUGUCACUCCCCUGCUGGCGGCCGCAGCAAUGGGCCACAUGAAGACAGUGUCUCGUCUGCUGUUCUGGGGAGCGGCUGUGGAUGCCAUCGAUUGUGAAGGCAGGACGGCACUCUGCCUGGCAGCGGCGAGAGGCAGCGGCGAGGUCGUCCGCGCCCUGCUGGACCGAGGGCUGGACGAGAACCACAAGGAUGACCUCGGCUGGACACCGCUGCACGCUGCUGCAUGUGAAGGCCAGCGGGCUGUUUGUGCCGCCUUGACGGAGCGAGGCAGCAUGGCGCGUGUCGGAGAGAUGGACAUUGAAGGACGCACCCCUCUUAUACUGGCUGCCCAAGAGGGUCACUGGAGCACUGUCAGGCUGCUGUUGGACAGACGUUCUCCCAUUGACCACAGGGCCUACGACGGACACUCGGCCUUGAGUGCCGCACUCCUGGAGGGCCAUGCUGAGGUGGCAGAGCUGCUAAUGAGGCGAGGGGCUGACACUGAUGUCCGGGACGCAGAGGGUAGACCUCUGCUCUACCUCCUGGUGUUGGAGGGUCGCCUCGAGAUGGCGACUCUACUCAUAGAGAAAGGAGGGGUGCCCCUGGAGUCCCGAGACUCUGAGGGCCGCACGGCACUUCAUGUGGCUUCCUGGCAGGGAAGUGUCGAGAUGGUAGACUUGCUUCUAAAGCACGGGGCAAACCCUAAUGCACAGGAUACAGAAGGGAGACCUCCAAUGCAUUCGGUGGCCUGGACAGGACACGCUGAGGUAGGACGUCGUCUCCUAGACACCCGUAAUGUUUUAAUAGACCUUGCUUGCCACCAGGGGGCAACAUCGCUGAGUAUUGCCGCCCAGGAGGGACACACGAAUAUUGUUGAGAUGCUUCUGGAAAGAGCGGCAAAUCCCGAUCACGUGGAUAAAUAUGGCCGUAGUCCUGUCAAAGUGGCGGGGAAACAAGGGCACUUCAGCGUUGUCAGGCUCUUGGAGAGCUUCGGAGCCAAGCCGUACCUCGGCCCGUCGCCCAACUCCAGUACUGUCUCCCCUGCGAAACCCAAAAGGAUCCUCUCAUCAGGUAUCUCAGGGAGUAACGGAGGUGAAGUCACCGCCACCACCUCUUCCUCCUCAGUAUCUUCUCCUGCCUCCACCGCAGAGCGAUUCCACUCGAUACAGAGCUCCCAAACCUCGUCUACCUGCCACUCACUGGCCACGGUGCAGACGGCGCCGGCCGACAGCCUCCGAUUCAUCCAGCAGAUCCAGCAGCACUCGCUGCCCCGCAGUCGUAGCCGUCACUCCACCCUCCCUCCACCGGGCAGCCUCCACGGAAGCGUCCAGCGGCAGCCCAAAGGCAGCCCCCCUCCCACCGUUUGCACAGUCACCGCCCUGGUGCACGACUGCAGCUUGCCUCAGAAAGGCUUGUCGCCCAGUCUUGAAUACCACGACAAAAUGAACAAACAAAACUCCCACUUGAUAAAUACAGACAGGACUUCUUACGCUGGUGGUAAGUGGCACUCGGUCAUGGCUUCCCUAGGGAUAAGGCCAGGGCAAGACAGUCCUGCAGUAGGUUCUAAAAACAGAGCGAGCCCUCCUCUGGGCUACCCGUACAGGUUGCAGAGUCCACUUCAAGGAGACGUUUGGGAUUCGCUACCCCAGAAAAACAUUUUGUUGCCUGCUGGCUACAGUUUCACCCCAGGCUCGCCUUGUAGUGCCUUGCCGGAGGACGUUAUGGUCACGAUGACGACCACGGACCCGCAGCUCAAUCUGAAACAGGCCAUCAAAUUGCAGUUUGAAGGUCCCACCAGCGCAGCCUUAUACAAGAGAGAGACGCCCCUGUGACGGGUGCUCAAGUAAGAGACAGAAAAUUUGCUUAAAAUGAUUAGUUGCUUGACGAUGCUGGUUACAACAUCUACGACUUGACGAUUUGCUUCUCUUUGUUUUAUAUUUGUUCCAAAUUGUGUUAAAUUUCUGUACCAUGCUUCAGUCAUUUACUUAUCUACACCAACAUCGCACCAGAGACCAUCCUGUGAUGGGACCCACCAGCUGCCCAUCAACACGUUAACCCAUGUGCCCUCAGUAGACAUUACUGCAUUAUCACAAGAGUACUCAAUAUUCAUCUUCAACCUUGGCCUUCAUUUUGAUCUCAGCUGCAAACGGGACUUAUCGUAUCGUGAAUGGUUGUGACGCUAUCGCUGAGACAAAAUCUGUCCACAGACAAACACAUAAACAUCUGCCAAAGUUCUCAAAACCGCCCCUCUGGAAGUUCCCACUAGAGUUCUUGUCUUGAGCAUCAUAGUUUGCCAUUAUGACACAGUUGGUAAAGACAGUCUCUUGGUGGCAUAUAUUCAAUCAGAGCAUUCGCCGAAAUCUAUAUUUUGAUGGAAACACCUUUUGUUUUUGCAGAAGAGAGUUUUCCCCCUUUGUACAAUGACUUUCUGGGUUUCAGAGAGGAAGUGAUUUCCUUCUCUCCACCCCCCCGCUUCAGAAAACCAGAGGAAGACCUGAACUGAAUGACAUCAGUGUUAACUUCCCGACCUUUCCUGUGACUGUUUGUUGUGUUGAGCAGGGCUCUUACAGACGAGUUCAUGCACAUUCAUUUAAUGCAUGACUGCUCAUUCUCAACAUGGACCCUGAUUUUCCAGUUGUACUCAUCAGCAUGAGGCUUUAUUUUGCCGCCUAGAGUCAUACAAAGGUUUAAAAUGAGAGCUAAGCAGUUAUACGGUGAAUAACACUCACUAACUAGUGUCCUGAUUUAUGUUUUAAAUUAUUAUUUUUUGUUGGUAAAGAUCCCUUUUUGAAGCUGUUAAACAACCUUGUUUGAGAGCUUUAAGCUUGUGGCCUUGAUCUUUACUGAAACCUCUUUUUCAUAUUUACUAUAAACUUGCCUAAAACGCCCUUAGGUCCAUUUCUGUCAACCAAAAACCUAUUUUCAAAAAAGAACCCUGACCCCGAGUUGGGGUUAACGAUACAAAACCACAAAAGACAAGCCGAGUUUACCGAAACCAGCUUGACUCAUUCACACAGUGCGUCUGCGAGCCGACAGGAAGGACAAUUAAAACCGUACCACACAAACAAACCGAGGGCGGAUGUGGGAGGGAUGGACGUAUCUCUGAGCGUUCUGAGAAAAUGUCUUGUUGUUUUUUUGCAUUGAUUAUUAUUUAAUUACAUUUAUUAAAAUGGAAAAACCAUGCCUUAAAAAUUGCCUACCUCUCCUCUGUCUCCUUAUUUAAAGUGGUCACUCUCCUUCUAAAUGGCUUGUGAUGUGGAAGCGUCAUGCAGAGAUGAAAGUGGAGCAGCAGCGUGACGGCGGCCACCUGGGAUUAUAGAUCCAAGUCCUUUAAAAAAUGUUUUUAAAACGGAAGAGAGGACGGCUCCUUUGGUGAUUUGUCCUACUUUUUAUUUUAUUUAAUGUUGGGUCUGUGAAAUCUUUUAGGUAUUCUGCACUAUAUUUCCCAUGUGUAGCUGCUCAACAGACUUUCAAAUAGGGUCGUAUUUACUGUGGUCACAAGGAGAGUCCAAAAAUGGUGGACUGAUUUUUUUUUUUUGUUGAAUUCAGAGUUAUGAUACUUUUAUUUUAAUCAUAUAGGUUAUUACAGAUUUUAAAAAUACGUCAGUCCAUCAUUCACUUUGGCAUUAUGCCUGUUACUGGGCAGUUCAUUUUAACUGACCAAGAUUCCUAGAAAAACUUUCAUUAUUAUUUUCUGAUGAGUUGAAAUUUUCUUUUCCGACCAGUACCAGUACGAGAAGCACCUUUUUGUUCAAAAUAUAUGAAAGUUGCUGUUUGCCUCACCGAAUUCUCGACCAUGUCUGUGAAGAUUCACAGCCAUGUACCGAGUUCCUCUUCCCCUGCUCGCUUAUUUGAAGAGCGUUUCGAACGGCUCGGAUUUCCGUGUGCUGUGGUCGGACGUUGACGAUGUGCCUUGAAGUCAUACACAUAAGUGAAGACUUAAGUGUUUGUUUUUUUUGCCAUUUUCAGCGCUGUCGCCAAGGUGACCAACAUAGAGAAAGCAGUGUGUAUACCAUGAUGUGUGUUGAUCGGCUCAAAGUUUGACAAGAAAAGAAAUCCCCCCCAUUACACCACAACAUGCAGACUGUCUACUGUAAACGAAAUA